AUGAAACGAGCAAAAAUUUUGAUAUUUCUCUUCUUUGCACAAAUUCAAGCUUACGAUUACAGAUGGGAAAUUGCCAGAUGUCAAAACGAAACGAUUCGGGCGGAGAAAGAACGGGAAAUGUUUUUCGUUUCUCCUUCUUUUCCAAACAUCAACAAUGCCCAAUUUGACUGUACUUGGCGUCUACAGGCGCCGGAAGGGAUGAGAGUCAAGAUUAGAUGGCCUGUUUUUCACCUUGAUAGCUGUGGAAGCAAAAACAUGCUGAAUAUGCCAGGAGAUCAAUCGUCAAGAGUGAUCGUUUUCGACGGAAAAGCAGAAACCGCAUUUGACGAAGAAAUCUUCUGCGGAAAGAAUACUCCCCCGCCGUUCAUUUCUACAUCGAGAGAUUUGCACAUUCGCCUGAUGCAGCCAUUACAGGAGCAUGGAAAGGGAGUCAAAAUCAUGUGCGGCUUCACGGCGACGAAGAUGCCUUCAUCAAAUAUCCGCGCCAGACCCAACUCCGGCGAGAUGGCAAAAACUCCGGUUCGACAUUCAAACAGACCAAUUCAAAAGCCGAUGCCAAAUGUGGAGAAUCAGAAUAGAGCUCCUGCUUUUGUCGAGGAAAACUCAGUCGAAGUAGUUGGAGUUGAGCAAGGUCGAUUUCCGGACAGCUAUUAUUACGACUACGAAAUCCAGCUGGAACGCAAACAAAAGAUCCUCAACAACCUGAAGAUGAAAGAAGAAGAGCGUCGAAAAUCUACUCUUUCUUACAAAUUCUCAGCGAUGGACAAACAAGACCAGUGGGCCCUAAUCGGCGCGGCGCUCUGCCUCGUCGUUAUUUUGCUGGUAGUGAGCUACAUGCUAUACUUGAGGCGAAAACGACUUGCGGAUGACAUUUCAGUGGAGAACCGACAUUCGUUGGACAAACGAUUGAGGUCGACUGAAAAACCAGCGCUCUAA